GACGUGGUGUCGCAGUCGACGAUUUUACGCGCGGAGCUGAAGGAGUGGGAGAGGGCAUUUGCAGCGGCGAAUGGAGGGAAAAAGGCUGGUCGUGAUGAUAUCAAGAAGGUGCCAGAGAUUGCUGCGAAAUACAAGACCUACGCAAAACUCAAGUCCCUCGAAUCGAAAGGAAAGGACAUCGAAUUGGAGGAACGGCCCAAAAAACGAAAGCAUUCUUCCCCUACCGGUCCCGAACAGGCGGAAAUUGCAUCGACCCCGCGCAAGACGGUCAAGGGCGGCGGCUCUUUCACGACACCAUCUGUCGACCGGGUCGCCAAGGCCCAUCCGUCGCGACUCGACCCUUACGAUUCCCCCUCUACGCUACGCAGAUUGUUCAGCCCGUCGACUCACAGACAAGAAGAGCCGUCGCCUCAACCGUUAAAGACGGCGAUUGGACCAACUCCACAGCGCGACGGCAAGGCGCUCGGUCUAUUUGACCUGCUCUCUGAAUCGGGAGGCAGCACCGCCACCCCGUCUUCCAAGCGGACGGCUGCCGCACGAGGGCGUGGUGGUGGUGCAAUGCAGACGCCCUCGAAACGAAGGAGAAGCACCAUGGAUCCGAUCGCAGAGGAGGCCGAGGAUGAUGAUAGUCCCGUGACGGAACGAACGCCCGCCUCGUCAAGUAAAAAGUGGUACCUGGCCAAUCUAUUUGCAACGCCGACGACGCUACGGUACGCCGCCAUGGUCGAAGUCGAAGACAACGCAGCCACCGCCGCACAGCACCCCGGCCGCGAAGCCGAGCCGCACGCCCCCGCCGCCGAACCGUCUGAAACCGAUACGCCGUUCUUUCUACGACGGUCGAACUCGGGACGAUACGCGGGCAUGUAUUCUGCUGCCAAUGACGGGUCCGGGAUGAGCCCUAUCGCCGUGCGGAAACCCCCGGUGUUUGUAGGCAAGGGUCUGUCGGCCCUGGUGCAGGGGCUGCGAGACAUGGAGGAGGAGCGGCUCGACGAGGACUGGGAGAUCCUAAAGGAAAUUGAGGCGGAAAACGCCGCGGCGAACGAGGCCCAGGUAGCUGAUAGCCAGGCGGGAGUGGCUAAUGGACCGACCCGCGUCUGGAAAAAGAGGGGUCAGAAACGAACCACGCGCCGGGUGAAGAUGAAGCCCGUCAUUACGAAACCGACGAAACUUCAGCCGGGCUGGAAGGAUCCAGACGAUGGGACUCCGGAAGAGUCAAGUGAGGAAGAAGAGCCGCCGACAGUGCCGGACACACAAGCGGAGCAGCCAGAUGAGGAGGACGAUGCAUCCCUUCACACCGUUUCAGAACCGGAGCUAGACUCCGACUCGGACGACGAUUAUACCGGCGAGAACAAGCCGUUGGCCCGAAGCAAGAGUUUCGCCGAGAAGAUGUCGGAGGCGAUUUCGAGCGCGGUCAAGACCACGGCGACCAAAGGCAGCGGUCUCUUUGCGAAGACGGCGAAAUCUGCAGCCAAGAAAGAGAAAGAGAAAGAGAUCGAAAGCGAGAAGAAACCACGUCCUCGCAAGGUCAAUCCCGAGGCACAUGCCAAUUACCGUUCGCUGAAAAUCCGGAGUCGAGGAUCAAAGGGUCGAGGCGCUGGGCGCUUUGGAAGGAGAUAA